AUGGAUGAGUCAGAAGUAAGCAGACACAUUCACAGCUCGAUUCAGAGAUUAAGCACAAGCGUGUUUGUUAUUUGUGUCCCUGCCUCAGGUGCUCAUGACGGGUUUGGGUUCAUCUCAGUGCGUUGUCCGCAAUCUGGACACAAGUAAGAACCUCGCAGACAAAUCCGAUGUCCAUCAAUCUUUUCUCUCUCGAUGUUUGUUUAUCCACAGUGGAGAGCUGGGACCUGUCUUCGCCGGGUGCGGUAGAUGCUGUGGCGCCAUCAGCGAGCAGUCCCAGCCUUCAUGCCGUCCCAUCUGAUACCAGCCUUGCAUCAGGGGACCGGCCGAGGACGGCUGCGAAACCAUGGGAAAACUGGUGGGUAUGCUGGUCCACCCCGCGAGUCAGUCGGUUACAUACGCACGUGCGUACGUGCGUUGGUCUGCGUGUGUUAGGUGGCGGGAGAAGAGAAGAAAGGAUGCUGAGCUCUGGAACGCCGCUGAGAUGGGAGAUGUCGACGCAAUGACACAGGUAGGCAGUGGCUGGAUGGGCAAGCUUACCAGUGGUGCUGUCUGAUCCAUCCAUACCCACUCUUCUGUAGAUCAUUGCGUCGGUAAUGAGCCCUCCUUCUCUCGCUGAGAUCGAUCGCCCCCCUUAUGACGUCAACAGCCGGUCACUCAACGGAUGGACUGCUCUUCACCUCGCAGCACAUGCAGGUACGCCAGCCACGGGAGCUUUCCGGCAAAAUAUGGCCUGUGGUUGUUCAUUCGUCCACAAUCAUGGGACGCUCAGGCCACUCGGCGUGCAUCGAUCUGAUAAUGGAGGUGGUGCAGGAUCCCAAUCCAACAAGCGACCAGGGGAGGACGGCGCUGCACCUGGCAGCUAUGCAGUAAGGGUGGGGAAGGGUGAAUGAGCGAGGGGAUCGCCGAACGCUGCCCAAGCAUGUAUGUAUGAUGAUUUGUGUGUAGGGGUCAUAUGGAGUGUGUGCGAUCCCUGGUGGGUCGAUGGCGAGCGACGCUCGACUGUCAGGAUGCCUUUGGCGCCACGCCACUGCACCUCGCCUCCUCAGGAGGUAAAGACACCGCCUCACGCCAUCGGUCGACAUUCGCAUGAUUCUCUCCUCCGCUGAUUUCCUUAAUCCCACGAUCAGGCCACGGCCGUGUUGUGAGGCUGCUGCUCAGCCAUGGCAGCGACUACAGAGUGAGUGAUCGGGCAGGUGAUAAUGUUGUGCAGGUCACAUCAUGUCAUCGCCUGGUGCGAUGGUGUGGUAUCUGUGCAGAUCAAGAACAACAGUGGCCUGACGGCACGGCAGGAGGCGCUCAACAUCAACACCAGGGAGUGCUUCAAGUACCGACAACAACCAUAAAAGGCGGACGCUGAUUGCAUUGAUUGCAUCAAUUGGGUGCAGUCAUCAUGUCCUUCCCUUGUUUGUGUGUUUCAGCGACGUCAUCAACCGCGAUUCGUCUGCAGCGUGGGACCAAGACACGUCGUAUGGGUACAUGCACAAUUGGACGACAAACCCAUGCGCACUCAUGGCCAUCCAUUGACCCCUGUGUGUACAUGCAGAAGGACACCAUUUCGGCGGUCUGUGCUGCUGCACAAUGCGCGGUCAGACGUGGUGCGGAAGCUUCUGUCGUCUGCCCAACAGUGAGGCACACGUUAACAUGGACAAGAACAGGAAGAAACGUAUGCAAGCCGUCUGUGGUGUGCAGGAGUUUCCAUUCCCAGCAGCCUGUGUCCAAGGACGAUACAGUCGGUGGGCCCCGGCGGCUACACAGCCCCGACAGCCCCAGACACGCCACUGCUGGCGGUACUCUAUCCACACAGCGCACACACGAACGGCAAGGAUGAUGCACACCUCUGUGUUGCGGGAUUCAUUUGUGUGUGCAGGCAGGAUGUUCCACUACCUGGGUCGUCUCGAUUCCGGCAUGAGUCGCACAGACUUCGCGCCAUCCGAGCCCGUGAAUGGCAUUGACGAGAUGAUCGGACCCAAUUUAUUCGACAUCGGGCCGCUGCUCGGCAAGGUGCGUGUGCAAGCCUCCAUCGUGCAGACCAUCCACACUGCAAUCCCUCGUCCUUUUGUUUCCGCAGGGCAGUUUCGGAUCGGUGUACAAGGUGACGCACAAGUCCACUGGCGUCUGCUACGCCAUGAAGAUACUCGAAAAGCGAAAAAUAAUCGGUAUUGGGAAGGCAGGCAGUGAGAUCUCGCGGGUCGGUGCUGAGAUUAGCUCUUCUCAUCUCAUGUCACGUCAGGUCGGAGUUUGGUUCGGUAUGCGUUGACAGAGAGGAACAUUCUGUCAUACAUUCGGCACCCACACAUUGUCGAGCUCGCCGGCGCGUUCCAGACUUCGGUGAGUGCACGAGAGGCUACACAAUACGACGGAAGCUAUUCAUUCCUUCUCUCAUAUGCAUGAUCAGGAUCAUCUGGUGCUGCUGCUGGAGUACUGUUCUCGCGGCAACCUGCAGCAGCUCAUUUCGAGACACAAACGGCUCAAGCAGUCCCUCGCCAAGCUCUACACAGGUAGGCAGACCUGCCUGGACAAUGGCGCCCCCAAAAACAAGGACGUUCGUCCGCGUGUUGUGCUGUUAUGUGUUCUGUAUUGCGAUAGCUGAGAUCCUGACUGCUCUUGAGUACCUGCACGAGCGCAACAUCGUCUUCAGAGACCUCAAGGUGGCCACCGACCCACCACCCUCCCAUUCUUGCUCAUCUACUGUCUGCCUGUCUGCCUGUGCAGCCCGACAACGUGGUGCUCGACGAUAGAGGUGAGGGAGGGAGGGAGGCGUAACAGCGGGAGUCGAUCAAUGCUUAUCCUUCCUGCUGUCUCCUGAUGGAUGGAUGGAUGGAUGGCUCGGUCAGGCCACGCGCUUCUGACUGACUUUGGGCUGAGCAAGGAGCUCGUGUCAGACCUGUACCCAGCACCUGCCACCUCAUUCUGCGGGGUAAUGAGAAACCCUGAACAUCAUCCGACAGUGGGGGAGGGACUCACUGCUGAGAUUCUCUCUUUCCCUGGUCUUGGGUGCAGAGUGUCGCCUAUUUGGCCCCUGAGAUGUUGAGCAAGAGAGGCCACGGCAAGAGCGUCGACCUGUACGGCCUGGGCGUGCUCCUCUACGAGAUGCUCGUCGGAACACCGCCCUACUUCAGGUCAGUCACACGCACAAAGAGAGAGCAUCGAUGUAUGGCUUUCAUUUGGAAGAGCGUAUGUGUCUGUGUGUGUCUGCAGCUACGACCGUAAGUCAUUUGUUCGGGAGCGCAGCCCACCUGCGUUGUCUGCCUCCGUGUAAAUAUGCCACUCAUGCACUCCUUGCUUGUCUUGAUGCGUCCGUCAUGCAGGAGAGCAGCUGUUCAAGAACAUCGAGACGCAGAAGCUGACAUUCCCGGCACAUGUGUCUCCCGUAAGCAAGCAGACGACAACAACAACACACACUCACACACAUCGAAUACCGUCAUCGAAUGUGCGUCUCUCUGGUUGUUGCCAAAUGACAGGAUGCGCGUGACCUGAUCAGCCAGCUGCUGGACCGCGACCCUCAGCGUCGGCUGGGUGCGAUGGACACGCAAGAGGUGCGGCAGCAUCCCUUCUUCGCAGACAUCGACUGGGAGGGGCUUGCGGCCAUGCGUAAGGACAGCAGCUCUGUGGCCAUCCUGCCGCCCAAUGAGAUGCCUUGUGGUGAGCCGUCCAACAUCAGCAUACUGCUCAGAGGCCAGCAUGGGGUGCUGGGGGGCGAGAGGAAACGACCAUUCAACCGGGUAAGCGAGGUGGUCGACUGGCUGACAUCCCGGCCAGAGUCGUAUGCAUGCAUGCGUCCUGUCUGUCGGUAAACCACGUCAGGUUGCCCACCCCAUCGGCAAGCCGAGCCAGCCCCACCGUGCGUCGAGUGUCCCGCUCUCCCCCGGCCGGGAUAACUUCAUCCACGGGUCAGUCCGUCAGGCACUCAGUCAGCGGCCACACCCGAUUGAUGUUUGGCUGGUUGUUUCCAUGUAGUUGGAGCUUUGCGGGUCGACUGUCCAAGGAGGAGGUCACAAGGCUGCGAGAGCGGCCGAAAGCGGCCGUCAUGCGGGGCCUCACGCAGUCGACUGUGCAGAGCACUAAUAAUCACAAUACACACGGGUGGUUGACGAGCUCGGUCAUGGGUGCACAGUGGCAGCAGCUUCCUUGAGGCAGUCAGCAAGCUAGAAGCAACCGUCGAUUCUUGCAUGUGUAGCGCUAGCGAUGAAUUGUAUCAUCAUGUAUCGGUGUGUCCUGUUGUUUGCAUAUGUGCUCGGACUGCAAUGCGACACCCCCGCAUGUUUGAGUCACACCUGUAACUCCCGGCACGAGAGAAACUCUCGCACCGCAUGAGUUCGACGCCUUGCCUUCGGAUACUGAAACAAGGUGAGACACAGUCGGAGUACUGUAGUGGAAGAAUUUUACUUCAUCCGAAUGCUGACGUCAAGGGAUGUGCGCACUAGCAUUGACACGACAACUGGGGAAAUCCCGCCAAGAAAGAGAACCGGCAAGAAAAAACGGCCGGCAGUUCUCUGUUUCACGGCGGGCAAAAGCGCGCAAAGGGCCUUUCCGUCGGGCCUUUCCCCCGCUGAAUAAAAAAGUCUGAGGACAAUGCUCCGUCGCGUCGUCGGCGUAGUCCUUGCGUUGUUGAGCUGCCUUCCCUUGGGUGAGCAUGCCGAUGCCGGGCGUGAUGCCGGCCACUCCCAGGCCUUCCUCGGACUUCACAACACAACGCUGCCCGUCCCGCAUACGCUGCUAGGUAGGUGAGCCAGCAAUCAACAGUCGCCAGCCUCAAGCCGUCGGGACGUCGCUCACAAUGCAUGCAUGCAAUGCCACGGUCUUGGUGUACGUCUUGGUGUCACUCGCGUCAAUGACAUGCAUGCAGGGUGCCAUUCUCCCAUUCAUGGCCCCCCCCAACUCGCCGCCGAAGCCCUUCACUGGGGAGCUGGGCCCCUCACAACGGUUGGCUCUAGAGCUGCGUUGACCGACGAGACAUUGGUUCCCUCUGUGUGUGUAUGUAGGUCGACGACCUACGCCAGCAAAUUUGCGUUCGUCGAUGAGCUGUGGCGCCCACAAUGGUGUGAUUGGCCAUGACAUUGUGUGCUCGAGGCCGUCUUGCACUGGUUGUUUGGCUGUAUGUAGGCUGAAGACGUACGCCAGCAAGUACGCCUUCAUCGAUUCGGAAUUCUCCAAUGCGGUUCUGCCGCGGAAGCUCAAAGACGUGCACACCCCCACCUUUGAGGGGAAAGACCACACAACCUCUGUCGGCACCGAAGUUUUUGGGGAGCCGGACUCCGAGGAGGACGCCCCGGGGUCGGCUCCGUUCACCUGGGCGGACCUUCCGGACUCACCGAAACCUCACUACUGGCAACUCGACCUCAUGAACACCCAACAGGUGGAGAAAGAAAAAGACAAUAUCUAGCAGGGCAUUCGAUCAACCGAUAUCUCGGUGUCUCUUCAUGUGAGUGUGCAGAUUGCUGCUGCUCAUGAGAGUCUCGGCCUCGCAUUCAACCAUUUCAAGAGCGUGUUGUUGGUCUUCUGCACCCAUGACCUGUUCUUCCGUAUCGACUACCGGAACCAACACCUCUAA